UGAGGGCAGGGCCAGGCACUGAAGCGAGACAAAAGGCCGGGAGAAGCCAGUUCCUGGUGGCUGUUGGGCAGCUCAGAUAGCUCUCUGCCUCAACCACCAUGGUCCUCCUCCUAACCUGGCUUUCCCGGUGUUGUGGCCGCCUCCUUCUCUUGCCUUCCUGGCCCCUGGCCCCUGAGGGAUCCCAAAGAUGCUGCUGUUCCCAGAGCCCCGAGGCAAGCACAAAAGAGACCAGCUCCAGAGACAGUGGGAAGACGACGGUUCCCCGCCAGGGACCCAGGCACACAGCUGAGCUGGCCCAGGCGGAAGAGCUGCUGGAGCAGCAGCUGGAGCUAUACCAGGCCCUGCUGGAAGGGCAAGAGGGGGCCUGGGAAGCAAAGGCCCUGGUGCUCAAGAUCCAGAAGUUGAAGGAGCAGAUGAGGAGACACCGAGAGAGCCUGGGAAGAGAAACCUAAGCUUCCCACCAGUUCCCACUUUGCCCUCCUACCCUGGAACACUGCACACUACUUGUGACCCUGAGUCCUUUGGUUGGAAAUGUACCAGCCUUUCCCAAGCUACUAAGAAAAACAGGAGACACCUCCAGAGGACCAGAAGUUGGAAAGCAGUGGGGUAAUCAUGACCUCUGCAGUCUUUUUAGUCACAUCGCCCACCAUGCUUCUUCCCACUCACCACCUCAGCUCCACAUACAUAACCUAAAACCACCUCACCCCAAAUCCAAUAAAAGGAAGGAGUGCUUACAGACA